AAUUAUUGGAUUUAAGAAAUCAGUUAGCACUGAAAUAUUGUAAACAAAUACAAAGUUCUUAAAUAUGCUUUGUUACUUACGCAUAGUAAAUACGCAGUGUUAAUAUGAUUGCUUCAAGCCCCAUUAACGGUUACAAUUUACUUAAAAGUUAUUAAAUUAUUAUAGUCUGCUUGCGUUGACCAAGGAAUAAAUUGAAACUGGUUUUGUAAAUUUGAUUCACCUCACGCUCCACCAAUCAAUACCUAAUUUCGUCCGUAUCAAGUAUAAGGUUUUCUGAAACUGGACAGAAAAGUCGUUUUUUAAGUUAAUUGGGUUUUAAUGUGACAACAACAACUCUUUAAUAUAUAUAGUAGAAACAAAUUUUAAACCUGUUAUGUGUAAGACAUUGACUGUCCACGCCUCAGCUUACGAAAAAUCCUUUAUAUAAAUGUAAUUGAACAAUUUAUGAUGUAUUAAUUAAUUUAACUCAGAACGGUUAAGUCAGUGCCAGUGUGAGAGAGCGUAUAAUUGUGUGAAAUAUUUUUUCCUGUAACAUAAAGGGAUUACGAAUUAACGUAUAGAGCUAGUUCUUUAGAUAUGGAGAAAUUAACAAAAAGUCCAAUACUAGAAUAUAACCCGAAACAAGUUGAUCAAGUACGAGAAACAUUUCAUUACAACGAUAUAAAAAAAUUAUAUCAGGAUCUUGACAACUUCGAGGAUUGGAUCAAAAAACAGAAUCAUUUUGAAGUAAAGGAAUUUGAUCGAGAUUACCUUGAACGAUUUCUAAUAGCAAGCAAAGGAUCUGUGGAGAUUGCUAAAAAACGGUUUGAUAAAUUGUGCACAUUACGGACCCUAAUGCCGGAGUUCCUAAGAAACUUUGACGUGAAAGAUGAGUUCUCCCGUGUUGUGAAAUGGAAUUACUACUGCAUACUACCAAAGCCGACUAAUGAUAACUAUCGAGUUCUAGUAACUGCAGUACAUAAUCCAGAUGCCCCUGACAUAGAUAUGCUUGAGCUGUACAGAUUUGCUAUAUCACUAAUGGAAUAUAUCUUGCAAUAUGACUACAACGCUGGCUUCGAAGUGAUAUUCGAUACAAGAAUGUACACAUUUGGUGUAGUAACCAAAUUCAAUCCAAUUAUGUUGAAGAAAUGUACCACAAUAUUUCUGGAAGCACUUGGCUUUAGACUAAAACGUAUGCAUGUAAUAAGUGGUUCUAAGCUGUUCGACAUUGUGUUUUCCAUUCUCAAGUCAGCCUUAACAGAGAAGCUAGUAAAGCGCAUUAUUGUUCACGAUAGCGUGGAAUCUUUGCAAAAUUACAUUUCCAAAGACAUUUUGCCCGUUGACUUUGGUGGCACUGAGAAAAGUUUGAAGGAUAUUUGUGAGGCAACCCUAGAAGAGAUGCGCAAGGAGGAGCAUGUAGCUCGUUUGAAAUUCCUGGAAACCGCAGGAACUGACGAAUCUAAAAGGCUUAAUCAGACCUUCAACGAGGAAUAUUCAGGAAUGCCUGGCUCAUUCAAAUCACUGUGUGUAGAUUAGAUAUGGAGUUUGUAUUAAUUUAUGAACGAUAGUUCAGUAGUGUUUCUUUUGAAAUUGGAAUUACAAAAAAUAACGGUACAUAAAACAUGUUUUUUUUUGUUUGAUAGUUUGUACUGAGAACAAUAAAUAUUAUGCUAUAGUAGCCGAAAUUCAUCUCUUAUUAUUUUUAAUCGAACUCAAAUAAGCCGAAAUAGUCACAAUUAUUUUGUCGAAAAGCGAGAAAGGUUUUAAGUGGAAUAUUUUUUAAAGAUAAUGGAGAAAAUUUAUCCAAUAAAAUCUGUAUAGCGGAGAUUCUAAAAGAACUAUGAGCAUAAUAAAAAUAAGCUGCUAAAGCAUAUUUGAGACAAAUUAUAAUUUUGUAGUUCUUUGUAUUAUUUAGGAGUUAUUAUGGUCAUCGUAGACUC